UUACAGGACUCUCAUCAGGCCCACGUACAAAAUGUCCUACCGAACUGUGACCACGCUGGAGUGGAGGUGCUGUCCUGGCUUCACGGGGAGCAACUGUGAAGAGGAAUGCAUGAACUGCACGAGACUAGCGGAUAUGACCGAGAGGCUAAACACACUUGAGGCCAAGAUCCUUCUGCUCGAGGCUGCAGAGCGAAGCCCACCGUUGGAAAACAACCUGCCAAUCACUGGGACGACGGCCACGUGGUAUGACGAUUUGCUACCAGAUGCUUUUCCCCUGCUAAAUCCCGGGACUGUCCUGAGGAAAACAGUGGGAUCUGUUGAGGCUAAAGGACACAGAGGUGCAGAGGAGCAGCUAAUACCACAGGGGCUGCCAGGGCAGGUUGGUCCUCCAGGCCCGGUCGGACCAACUGGUCUUCCAGGACCACCAGGGCCAAAAGGAGAGAAGGGACAACCCGGUGAGAGGGGCCCAGCAGGGCCACCAGGGCUGUUGGGACCUCAAGGACCAAGAGGACUUCCAGGAGAAACCGGGAUCCCAGGACCCCCAGGUCCUCCAGGGCCACCAGCCACCCCAAGCCUCCCUCUUACCUUCCAACAAGGGGUUCUCUACUCACUCCAGCCCACAGCUGAAAAAGAAAAUGGAGAACCCCAGCUGGCCUCCACCGUCAUAGACACCAUCAUGGCUGGCCUGCCAGGACCACGGGGAGCCCCGGGGCCCGUUGGGCCACCAGGGCCACCAGGCGCAUCAGGACCCAAAGGGCCACCAGGACCUGUCGGAGUCCCUGGAUCACAAGGCUUACCAGGCUCUCCAGGACAACCUGGGCCAAAAGGCUCCAAAGGAGACCGAGGAGAGAGAGGUGAACCAGGCAAGAAGGGUGAGGAAGGUGACAAGGGUGCUGAUGGGGAAGGUGUUCAACAACUUCGAGAAGCUCUGAAGAUUUUAGCUGAGAGGGUAUUAAUUCUUGAGCACAUGAUAGGAAUUCAUGACUCUUUAUCUUCCAUUGAGCCAGGCUCUGGACAAGAUGUGAUCCCGGGCUCCCCUCUGCGAACCAGCAUCAAGAUCAAACGUGGAGGACCCCAGCAGCCGCAGGCCUACCAGAUCCUCUCUUCACUGCUGGAUGACAGUGAAGCCAAAAGGAGAAGCAAUCGGAUGAAGUAG